CCCUGAAGUUAUUAUUGUUUCAGAUUUGUUCCUGUUAAUCCCUUGGACGAUCUACAAUGUAAAAUUCCUGAAGGCUAUGAUUUUUGAUUUCUCAACAGCAAAACACCUAAAGGCAAAUAAAAAGAUGUUGCACUGCAAGACGCUAUGGCGGGCAUACGUUUUCCCUUUACUAUUGGUAUCCCUGAUCUCUUUAGUUAUUGCUGACUACUCCUCAGAAUGUGGGGAGAAUGAAUAUUUUAACCAAACAACUGGGUCUUGCCAUGCCUGUCCUCAAUGUCACUCAGGUGAAGAACCUGUUUCGAACUGUGGAUAUGGAGUUAAGGAUGAUUCCUAUGGCUGCCAACCUUGCCAGAAUGGCAAAUUCUCAAAGGGUGUAUAUCAGAUCUGCAGAAGACACAAAGAUUGUGAGGGAUUCUUUCGGGCUACUGUCUUGACACCAGGCACUGUAGAGACCGAUGCAGAAUGUGGGCCUUGUAUCCCAGGUUACUACAUCCUAGACAAUAGAUCCAGAAACACCUACACAAAGGUUUGCCAUUCCUGUUUACUGGCACCUCCAAACACAAAAGAAUGUUUGGGCAUUACUUUGUCUUCAAGCUUUUCAAGCAGUAGCUCAGCUGUCACUGGAAACUCUCCAGUUCUACAGGAAACUCACAAAGUAGAUCAUGCUGGGCAAGGACACCUUGGCACUGCUUUGAUAAUUGCCAUGUCCACCAUAUUCAUAAUGGCCAUAGCCAUUGUUUUAAUUGUUCUUUUCUACAUUUUAAAGACAAAGUCUUCUACUCAAGCUUGUUGCAGCGGCAAUUCUGUAAAACAUAUUGAAGCUCAGAUCAAUACCCAAGAAGACAAGAAGGAAGUACAAGAAAAUGUUGUAAUAUUCUCCGAGAAAGAUGAAUUUGAUAACAAACUCAAUGCAGUUCCACCUAAGACUGAAAAAAAUGAAAAUGAUGCUUCCUCAGAAAAUGAGCAGCUUUUGAGUCGAAGCAUGGACAGUGAUGAGGAAGCUGCAUUAGACAAGCGGGGAAUGUCCGAUUUAUGCCUCUUAUCAUUGGUUCCUUUAACAAGAGAUAAAUCAGCAAACAACAAAGCAAGUGGGAUACAGACGCGGAGGGAGAAGAUACUUGAGCUAUGCAAGAAAGUGUGCAGUUACACAGAAGGGCUCAGCCCGACAGAACUACCUUUUGACUGUCUUGAGAAAACCAGCAGAAUGCUGAGCUCUACCUACAGCACGGAUAAAGCUAUUGUGAAAACAUGGCGUCAUCUGGCAGAGAGCUUUGGGCUGAAGAGGGAUGAAAUAGGUGGAAUGACAGAUGGAAUGCAACUCUUUGAUCGUAUAAGCACAGCAGGUUAUAGCAUCCCUGAACUGCUUACCAGACUUGUGCAUAUUGAAAGGAUGGAUGCUGUAGAAGCCUUGUGUAUGGAUGUUCUAGAGUGCACACAAUGUGCACCAAUAGCUAAUCCUGUUAUCUUACCCAAAUGUGCAAAUGUGUAGUCAGCAUCUUGUAACAAAUACCAUGAAGUAUUGUUUGAGUCCAGAAUAUGUAAUUUGUCAGUGCUUACUAAGUGUUCUAAGACCAAUGAGGCAAAACAUAAUAGUGAAACUAUAGAAGGAGGCUCUGUACUCAUGCCUCUCAGUUUUAAUUCAGGAUCCUGACUGUUUUGCUUUGUUGUAUCCUGUUUUCAGGAGACAUUAUGCUAAGGGACAAUGUUAACAACCAGCAGUAAUUUGAACAAGUUAGCUUUAGAAUACCAAAAUGGCAGACUUAUACCUAUUCAUUUUGUACUGCAAUAACCAUGAAACACAUGAAAAUUAAGCAGAAGCAUGCUGACAUACAAAUAUUAUCGAACUAUCAAACAUCCUGACCUGGUCCUAGAUUGUUUGCAGAUUAAGGGACAUCUGAUAACUGGGAGACUUUCAAAAGUGUGGUAACGAGAGUUCAAAGUUACUAUGUUCCUAUUAGAGUGAAAGAUAAGGAUGCUCAGAUUAGAGAACAAUGGAUGAAUAAAGAUAUUGAGGCUCUAGUCAAGAAUAAAAAAAUUAUUAGAUAUAAACAACUGUGUUCAAAUGAAUCUCUUGAAGAGUGAAAAGAGUGUAGGGCAUUCCUAAGAGGGAAAUCAGUUUGGCAAACCUAUGAGAUGGGAAAGAUACUAAAUGAAUAUUUUGCAUCAGUUUUUAACAUGGAGAAAGAAAUGGGGGUUAGAGAACUAAGAGAAAUAAAUACUGGUGUUUUGAAAACAGUUCACAUUACAGAAGAGGAAAUGCUGGAGGUCUUAGAAAACAUAAAGGUGUAUAAAUCUCCGGGAUCUGAUCUAGUGUAUUCCAGGACUUUGUGGGAAGUUAGGGAGGAAAUUGUGGGGCCCCUUGCAGAAAUAUUUGUAUCAUCUAUAAC